AUGGCCAUCGCCCAGACCGAUCCUCUUCUCCUUUUUUCCCCGACCUCUGCGACGCAGCUCUCGCCUCCCUGCCGACGCCAACUCCGCGACAAGCUCCGCGGCGAGAUGCUCGACCUCCAGCACGCCGCCGCUUUCCUCCCCGGAACCCGGAUCUCGUCGUCCGUCGAUUACUCCGUCACUGCUGGGUCCCACCUCUGCAUCAUCACUGCUGGCGCCCGCCAGAUCGCCGGCGAGUCCAGGCUGGAUCUGGUGCAGAGGAACGUUGCCAUGUUUAAGAAGAUCGUGCCCGAGCUCGCGAAACAAUCACCGGCGUCCACGAUCUUGGUGGUGUCGAAUCCAGUGGACGUGCUGACGUACGUCACGUGGAAGUUGUCCGGUUUUCCAGCGGGUCGGGUUAUUGGAUCGGGUACUAAUCUGGAUUCGUCGAGGUUCAGGUUUUUGCUGGCGGAUCACCUGGAGGUCAAUGCCCAAGAUGUGCAGGCACAUAUGGUGGGUGAACACGGCGACAGCUCAGUAGCUCUCUGGUCAAGCAUCACCGUUGGGGGAGUGCCCGUCCUAAGCUCCCUCAAGAACAGCCAGAUCAAAUAUGAAGAAGAAGCCCUAGAGCGCAUACGCAAGGCCGUUGUUGGGAGCGCCUACGAGGUCAUUCGGCUGAAGGGUUACACGUCAUGGGCCAUCGGGUACUCCGUCGCCAACCUCGCUCGGACGCUCCUCCGUGACCAACGUCGUAUCCACCCGGUUUCUCUCCUUGCCAAGGGAUUUUACGGGAUUCCGGAUGAUAAGGAGGUGUUUUUAAGUCUCCCUGCUCAACUUGGACGGAAGGGAAUUAUCGGAGUUGCGAAUGUGGAGCUUACUGAGGAGGAGAGUGUACACCUCAGGCGGUCGGCGGAGACGCUCUGGGAGAUUCAGCGGCAACUUGAUUUAUGAAGGUUGUGUGAUCUUGAAUGCAGUGUUUUGAUACUUUUGUGUUGCUUUGUUGUAUCGUAUGUACUUUUUGUAUGGGACUAGGCUAUGAAACAUGUGAUGUUAUUGCUCA